UAUUCUGAAUUUCAUCAAGGAGAAUCAACAAUUUGAAAACGUUUAAUUGGGGGACAAGCCAAUAGCGAAACAUUGUACAAUGGCAGUAGCCAUUAAAAAAUCACACUCCAUCGUCGAGACGAUUGGCGAUGGAGCGCUACCACCAAAGAAGCUGCGUUUGCAAACAUUGGCCGCCGCCGCAGCGGCAGCGACAACAAAACCCGCAGUUCCGGAGAGCAAACUGCAGGUACUGACUCGUCUGGAUCCCUUCCUGACAUCAGCAAUGGCGGUAGCUGCAGUGGCGUCAUCGGGAAUGCCCUUGGGCAGUGGCAGUAGCAGCAAUGUCACCGCCAACGGUGGUAUCGCUGCUGCCGGCACCAUCACAACCAGUCCAAGUCAGACGAAGGAGCUGCUCGAUGUGCUGGUUAAAAUUACAGAUGAAAUUUCCUACGAGAAUGUAGCGAUUGAGGAGCUAAAGGAAGCCUCAGCAAAAAUAUUUCAGCUCUAUCAGCUGCAGGACCGUGAAAGCGAUACUUCGGUCCGUGUGAAGCUGUUGGAGCUUCUCUCUGGCCUGGGCUGUGAGUGCACUACCGAGUUGAGCCUGAGCCACAUUAUAGACUAUUUCAUCUAUUUGCUGCGCAAGGAAACGUCUCAGAAGGUGCUGGCGCAGGGCAUGAUGUGCCUUUAUCGCAUCGGACAGCGGGAGCGGGAACGACAACGUCCAUUGCUACCGCUCUCCUAUAACACGCAAGUGGCGCAUCUGGCAAAGGAACAACUUCGUUCGGGCUCAACACACACACAAAAGAAUGCAAUGCUGGUGAUUGGACGCUUUGCCACCUGCAUGGAGGGCGAGCGACACUAUGUGCGGAAACUGGCGUUUUACAUUGAUUCACAGGACUCGGGUGUGCGGACACAAGCGUUGCACGCGCUUCUCACGUUGGGCGAGCGUGGCAGCCACUUGCCAGCUGUAUUGUAUAAGCGUGCCGUCGAGGCCAUGAAGGAUGACUACGAGUGCGUGCGCAAAGAGGCACUGCGUCUAGUCUAUACGCUGGGCAUUCGCCAUCCAGACUACAUUGUCGCCUCGGAGCGUCAGCAUGAAGAUAUGCGCAUGAUUGAUGCAGCCUUUAGCAAGGUCUGUGAGGCUCUUUGUGAUCUAUCCCUGCAAAUUAGGGUGCAGGCCGCAGAGCUGCUGGGUGGAAUGACGCACGUCAGCAGCGAGUUUCUGCAUCAGACCCUGGACAAGAAGCUAAUGAGCAAUUUGCGACGCAAGCGGACGGCCCAUGAGCGUGGGGCGUGGCUGGUGUCCAGCGGCGAAUGGUCGUCGGGCAAACGUUGGGCAGAUGAUGCACCACAGGAGCAUCUGGAUGCAAGAAACGUCUCGAUAAUAGCGAGUGGCGCAUGCGGCGCACUCAUUCAUGGACUAGAGGAUGAGUUUCUGGAGGUGCGCACUGCAGCCGUGGCAUCCAUGUGUAAGUUGGCGCUAUCCCGUCCAGAUUUUGCUGUGACCAGUCUGGAUUUUUUGGUGGACAUGUUCAAUGAUGAGAUCGAGGACGUGCGUCUAAAGGCCAUUUACAGCUUGACCGCGAUUGCUCGCCACAUUGUGCUGCGGGAGGAUCAAUUGGAGAUUAUGCUCGGAUCUCUAGAAGAUUACUCCGUAGAUGUGCGCGAGGGCCUACACCUAAUGCUAGGCGCCUGCCGCGUCUCCACCCAGACAUGUCUGUUAAUGGUGGUGCAGAAAUUACUUGACGUGCUAGCCAAGUAUCCACAGGAUCGGCACUCAACAUAUGCUUGCAUGCGCAAAAUUGGACAGAAGCAUCCACAUCUAGUGAUGGCGGUAGCCGUCCAUCUGCUCUAUGUGCAUCCUUUCUUUGAGACCCCGGAGCGUGAUGUCGAAGAUCCAGCCUAUUUGUGCGUUCUCAUCUUGGUCUUCAAUGCGGCGGAACAUUUGGUUCCCAUCAUCAGUUUGCUACCACCAGCCACACAUCGUCAUUAUGCGUAUUUGCGGGACUCUAUGCCACAAUUAGUGCCUCAGCUGCCCAUUGAGGGCGCCUCCUCCACCACCAAGCGCAUCGACGAUGCCCUAAAGGGCGCUGGCAGCUCUGCCGACUAUUUAAAGAUGAUUCUCAAACACAUAGAGGAGAUCUUCACCCUGCCCGAUGGACGUGUGGAGCUACUGCAAACGGCCCAGUCCAAUCUGCAACGCUUGGGGGCUAUUGAUGCGGACAUGUAUGGACCGUCGAAUUUUCUGGAGACCUUCCUCUCUGCACAGAUCCAAAUCGAACAGAUGCAGCGCUGCGCGACCACGCAGCGUAGUCGUGUUCCCCUUAAGGAGUCGCUUGCGGCACUCGUCCGAAACUGUCUGAAGCUGCAGCACACGUUUUCGGGCCUCAACUAUGGCGACAUAUUGCAGGUGAAGCAGCUGCGAUUGCGCGCUUGUGCCCUACAUCUGGUGCUGGUCGUGCGGGAUCGUUCACAGAGCGCUCUGGGUCCUUGCCAAAUGCUUCUACAGACUGCCGGCGACAUAAGCAGCUUUAUAAAGAGUAAUGAGAGUGAUGGAGAGGAGCAGAAGCCGGGAUCUUCAUCACAACCGGGACAGCCGCCCAAUGCACAGCCUGAUAGCUUUACAAGAACUCUACUGUCCAAACUGGAUGCCAUUACAGAUCCAAAACCGGGUCGAGUGUUCAGGGAGAUACUGCCCCUCGUUCAAAAUGCACCACCAUUGGCUCUGCCGCCGGCCAAUGACAAAAUCCGACGCUGUGUCGCAAAUAUUUUGGAGCCCUGCCCACUGCAGUCGCAGGAUAACGUUAUCAAAGUUACGGCCGGUCUCAUUGCAGCAGUGCCAUUUGUGGCUGAAAUCGACAAUCUGCUGAAGUCCCAAAAGGCCGACAUGCGCAUUAAGAUCAAGUAUCCGGACCAGCACAUGCACACGGUUGUGCCGAAGAUGUCGGACUUUAAACCCAUUAUGACGGAGCAAGGGGAGCACGAAACGAAUGUGCGCCUGCGCACGACCAUACUCCUCUCACACAGCGUCUGGACCGAGGCAUCCCUGGUCGAGAUCCAACUUUGUCUAGCGGUGCGCCCCGGCAGUGAACUGGAGCUGUGCAAGCCGGCUAAAGUGCUCUUCGCACCGAAGCCAGUUCGACGCGGUAUUUAGCGCGUUGGCGACGGCGACGGUGGUAACUCUGGCCCCACUGUUGCCAAGCAGCCGCAACGCGUACCAUCUCUGGGCGCCAAAGCAAACAGGCGUGGUGGUACCAGGCGGGUGAGCUGAGGGGCAGGUAAAUCAGGAUUUGUAAAGAUAUUGGAAGACUAUGGGAACGACGUAGUGUAUAUAUAAAAUCAGCAAGUAGAAAAGCUAAAGUCGGGUGUCCCGACUUUGAAAUACUCUGU